AUGUUGAUCUAUUUCUUGCUUGGCUCCCUUCCAUGGCUAACCAGCAACCACGAGAAGCUCUCCACCUCUGACAUACUCGAACGCAAAGUGGACACCACCAUCGCAGAUUUAUGUGAUGGUGUUCCUCCUGAAUUCGCAAACCUUCUAGUCUACUCGCGGUCUCUUUCGUUCUCAGAAGAUCCUGACUACGAUUACCUUCGCUCAUUGCUUCGCGGUCUUCACACCACAGAAAUUGGCUUGCUGGAUUUCAUCCAGCCCAAUGACCCUGUCAUACAUUCUCCAACCUCCAACAUUCACUCGGUGGCUGAGGUGGUGUUGCUGUGCCUACCAAAACCAACACCUGUUCACAAAUCAACUCGUGUGUGA